CUUCUUUUUUCUUUCCCUCUUCAAACCUCCAUUACGAACUGCUUCUUUCAUGCUUUUUCUUUCACUUUUUUUUUUGGUUCUAUUGUUAACUCUGUGAUUUGCUUGAGAUUUUUCCUCUGUUAAACAUUGUUGGGUUUGGUGUAUUAUGCAGUUUUUUAAUGGGGUGGAGCUAUUAUCGUUUGUAACAAUUGUUUCUGAAGAAUGGGCUGUUUUGUGUUUGUUUUCGUUUUGUUUUUUGUUUUUUGUUUUUUUUUGGGGGGGGGGGGGGUGGUUGUUGUUGGGAAAGUUAGAAUUGGAAGGAUCGUCGAUGAUGGGAAGUUAAUGAAAAUGAAUUUUGGAAGUUCUAAGGAUUGGAAAAGUGUUGUGUAUGUCGAUGUUGUGGAAAUUUUUAGCUGCUGGAUGGAAGUGUAUGCCGGUUUCUUGACAAUUCAAUUUCUGCUUCCUGCCUUACUGCGAUCAAUCUCCACUGGCAAAUGGUAGACUUCAACACCUAGAGGAAUGCUACGAAAUUACUGUGACGUCCGUUUCAAUUCGGGGGCAAACUAUAUUAUAUGGUGCCGGUCUCCAUGAAUGCUUCUUCAACUCUCUAAUUCAACGGCCUAAGAUUUCCAAAAUUAUACCUAGUUUGGUCAAUUUGUCAGUAUCAAAUAUAAAUUGGCCACUUUGGAUGUAAAUCUUCAACUGAUGUGCCAUCUCAAACCCAACAUGUAAAUCUUUUAGUUUUUGUCUUACAGCUAGAGGGCAUUAUGACCAAUUGGGGUACCGACAGUUUGCCAAGUGUUCCGGCAUGAAUGAACCGGUGAUACCACUUUAGUGCCUAGUAUCCAGUAGGACGUGAAGUUGAAAAUUGAACUACCUUAGCAUUGUGUCAUUUUCACUGUUCAGUCGAAUACUCAAGAGGAAUGCUUUUGCUGACAGGGGAAGAGUCAACGGAUCUGAUCCUUAUGAUAUCGGUUCAGGAAAUAUGGAUCUAAAGUACCAAUGGAAAUUGGAAUGAAGUUUUGAAGAUACAAUGGCAUUUAAUAAAUUUGCUUUAUGGGAUAGAUGAUUAAGCCUGUAUUUGUAGUUCCCUUUUUCCAUUUCUACCUUUGCAAAUUACAGUUUGUUCUAUUUUCGUUCUCAAUUAUUAUUUUUUAAAUUUACCACUGUGAGGAGAAUAACUUUACGAGACAUUUCAUGCAGCGUCAUUGGGAAAGUUAUGUUGUUCAGGUUUCGAUACAUAGAUGAAAUUGACAAUUUUUUGCAGGUUUUUUUUGGUUCAUUGUGAAAGUUUGUAAUCUCAGUAACAGAGAGUUCAAAAUAUUAUUGUUGAGAUAAAAAUAUAAGAAUGGAAAAUGCACCGUUGUUAUCUCAAGAUAUUAAAUUUUAGUUCCUCUCCAUGCAAACGGUCUUUGGUUUUCUGAAAUGAUGUUGUAGAGUUAGGCAAGCAAGCAGCAAUAACCUACUCCAGUAGUUGUGGGCAUAGUAGGUAUCUGUGAAAUUCAUUAGCCCCUGACACUUCUCACCAUGGAUAUAGAUCUUAGGCUACCUUCUGGUGAGCAUGACAAAGAAGAAGAACCAAAUGGAAUCAAUAAUAUGUUGGAUGUGGAAGAAAAGCUUCACAAUGGAGUUAUUGAGAGUGGAGAUAUGGUUGAUGCUACAAAUGGGAUGCACGUCGAAGAUGGUGGAAAUUUAAAUUCCCCCAUGUUAGACAUGGUAAUGUUUAAAGAGGACACAAAUUUGGAACCACUUCCUGGCAUGGAAUUUGAAUCACACAGUGAAGCAUAUUCCUUUUAUCAGGAAUAUGCUCGCUCUAUGGGAUUCAACACGGCAAUACAAAAUAGCCGCCGUUCAAAGACAUCAAGAGAAUUUAUUGAUGCAAAAUUUGCUUGUUCCCGUUAUGGCAUGAAGAGAGAGUAUGACAAAUCCUUCAAUCGUCCACGUGUAAGGCAAACUAAGCAAGAAAGUGAAAAUUCAACUGGUCGAAGAGCAUGUGCAAAGACAGACUGCAAAGCUAGCAUGCAUGUGAAGAGAAGGGCAGAUGGUAAAUGGGUUAUACAUAGUUUUGUUAAGGAGCAUAACCAUGAGCUUUUACCAGCUCAAGCCGUCAGUGAACAAACAAGAAAGAUGUAUGCUGCAAUGGCUAGGCAAUUUGCUGAAUACAAAAAUGUAGUAGGACUCAAGAACGACCCCAAGAAUCCAUUUGACAAAGUUCGCAAUUUGGCUUUUGAUGCUGCAGAUGCAAAGAUUUUACUUGACUUCCUUACUCAGAUGCAGAAUUUGAACUCUAACUUUUUUUAUGCUGUAGAUAUUGGUGAUGAUCACCGACUAAGGAAUUUAUUUUGGAUUGAUGCAAAAAGUAGGCAUGACUAUAGUUAUUUUAAUGAUGUAGUUUCUCUUGAUACUACCUACAUCAGAAAUAAAUAUAAGUUGCCCCUUGCUUUCUUUGUUGGAGUGAAUCAACACUAUCAAUUUAUGUUGCUUGGAUGUGCUUUACUAUCAGAUGAAACUCCAACAACGUAUGCUUGGCUAUUGCACAUAUGGUUGAAAGCAAUUGGUGGACAAGCUCCAAAGGUUAUUAUCACUGACCAUGAUAAAGUACUCAAAACAGCUGUUCAAGAGGUGCUUCCAAACGCGUAUCAUCACUUCACUUUGUGGCACAUAUUAGGAAAAUUUUCUGAAAACCUUGGCAAUAUAAUUAAACGACAUGAGAAUUUUAUGGCAAAAUUUGAAAAAUGCAUCUACAAGUCGUGGACAAUUGAAGAGUUUGAGAAAAGGUGGUUGAAACUGGUUGAUAGAUUUGAACUCAAAGAAGAUGAAUUGGUUCAGUCCUUAUGUGAAGAUCAAAGACACUGGGCACCGACAUAUAUGAAAGAUGUAUUUUUGGCUGGAAUGUCCAUGCCACAGCGAUCUGAAAGUGUAAACUCCUUCCUUGAUAAGUAUUUGCACAAGAAGACUAGCGUGCAAGAAUUUGUGAAACAGUAUGAAACAAUUUUACAGGAUAGGUAUGAAGAGGAAGCAAAAGCUGAUUCUGAUACAUGGAACAAACAACCUACUUUAAGAUCUCCUUCACCAUUUGAGAAGAGUGUUUCGGGACUGUACACACAUGCGGUAUUUAAGAAGUUUCAAGUUGAGGUCUUAGGUGCUGUUGCUUGCUUUCCUAGGAAGGUCAAAGAAGAUGAGAAAAACAUUACCUAUAAAGUUCAAGAUUUGGAAAAAGAUCUAGAAUUUGUUGUUGUAUGGAAUGGAUUGAAGUCUGAAGUUUCUUGUCUUUGCCGGUUGUAUGAGUAUAAAGGUUACCUUUGUAGACAUGCUAUGGUUGUUCUUCAAAAGUGUGAACUUUCUACUAUUCCAGCUCAAUAUAUUUUGAAGCGGUGGACAAAAGAUGCUAAGAGCCGACAAUUAAUGGGAGAAGAACUUGAGCCAGUACAAUCUCGGGUGCAACGGUACAACGAUCUAUGCCAGCGAGCAUUGAGAUUGAUUGAAGAGGGAUCUAUGUCCCAAGAGAGUUACAGUAUUGCAGUACACGCACUCGAGGAAACUCUUGGGAAUUGUAUUAGUGUUAAUAAUUCUAAUAGAACAUUUUUAGAAGCUGGUACAUCGGCAGCUCAUGGUCUACUCUGCAUUGAAGAAGAUAGUCACAUUAGAAGCAUAGGCAAAACAAACAAGAAAAAGAAUCCAACGAAGAAAAGGAAGGUGAAUUGCGAGCCAGAUGUCAUGACUGUUGGGGCUCAAGAUAGCUUGCAGCAGAUGGACAAAUUAAGCUCAAGAGCAGUAACCCUUGAUGGCUAUUUUGGCGCACAGCCCAGUGUGCAAGGAAUGGUACAACUUAACUUAAUGGCACCUACCCGUGAUAAUUAUUAUGGAAAUCAACAGGCCAUCCAGGGGCUGGGCCAAUUAAACUCAAUAGCACCCAGCCAUGAUGGCUAUUACGCUGCUCAACAGAGUAUUCAUGGACUGGGACAAAUGGAUUUUUUCCGAACAGCAGCUGGUUUCACCUAUGGCAUUCGGGACGAUCCCAAUGUACGAACUACUCAGUUGCAUGAUGAUGCAUCAAGACAUGCCUGAUUUAACCCCUAAUCAUAGAGAAGGUGGUUCACAAGUGGAAAUAAAUGUAUCUAUUUGUAUUUAGCCAUAAAAUGAACUUUGCACAUGAAGAGCAAAUUAUAACGAUAAUUUUGCAGGUGCAGGAAACAACGCAUUCUUCUAGUCUGUAAAAAUAGAAUGUACUUUCCAAGUUAGUGGCUGGAGAUAUACUAAAUGUUGGUCCUCGUAAGUGAUUGUAUCAUAAAAAAAUGAUGUCCCCAUCAUUGUCAUUUAUUUUACAUGGUUCUUAUUGAAAGAUGAUAACGUAAUACCAAUUCAGCCUAUACGUUCGAUUCUUUUGACUCAAAUAGUAUUAGUUGGAAACAAGACUUAUUCCAAUGCUAGUUGUUAUGAAGUGUUAGUUUCUUGUUUACGGUUGGAACACUUGGUCUGUAGGCACAGUUCCAAGAAGCCGAAAAGUUUUGCUUCUUAUUGGAAAAAAAAGAACUAUUUUGUUUGACAGGACAUUAUUCCACUCAGUCGGGUACAAGGGACAUCGCUUGACCCUGCGGAGGAACUCAGCAUCACUUUGGAUAGGAGCACAAUCCGACUUAAAAACUGAGUUUUUGUUUGAAUUGAUACUUAUGCAGCUAUGUAGGAGAUGUCCUGAAGCUCAUGGCAAACCUUGGACAGUCACAUGAAUGGCACUCGAAGAAUGACGGUUUUUAAAUACAGGAAAAUGAAUUUAAAUAUUUAUAAAUACGGUCAAUAGAUUUUGACUAUCAAUCUCUAUCAAGGAUAGAUGAUAGUAGUUUAUUGGGGUCUAACAUGUCUAUCACUAAUAGACAAUAACAUUGUAUUAUAUUUAUAGAUAAUUUUCAUCCGUUUAGUUGUU